UCCCAGCCCAAAGAUCCAGCCUAACGCAUCCAGCGCAGGAGAGAAACCCGAUGUGUGCGUGUGUGUGCGUGUUUCUCCGCCGUUUUGACGCGUGAAUCAAGGCCACCAGGAUUUUGAGGAGAUACCGGGCCGUCCCCCCCCACCCCCCCACCCCACACACACACACACAACAGCACGCUGGACCUCAACGUUUCAUACCUUUGAAAGAAAACGCGGUGUCUCGCUGGUAUGCUGAAUUUACCUCUGGUCACUCCAGGCUUUUGAAACAUACCGAUAAACUGAACACAGGUCGUAUUCCUGAAACAAUCCUUCGGUCAUGCUGCGCACCUGCCAGACCUCCGCUCCCGGACCGGACUGUUGAAGAAAAAAGCAAGGCAACUUUUGGGGGAAGAAGUUGCCACCAGAUCGGUUGUUUGAACCGGGGGGUGGAGGGGGCAAACUAAGUCCCUCCAUCGAGUAGAAUCACCUUUUUUUCUUCACAUUUUCAUCCUUGAUAGGAAGGCGAAACGGCGACUUCAGUUGAUUAUCUGUCUUUCCUUUGCUAUCCAAUGGAUAUUCACUGCAAAGCAGACCCCUUUACAGCGAUGCACCGGCACGGAGGUGUGAACCAGCUCGGCGGGGUGUUUGUGAACGGCAGACCCCUCCCGGACGUGGUGAGGCAGCGGAUAGUGGAGCUGGCCCACCAGGGCGUCCGGCCCUGCGACAUCUCCCGACAGCUGCGGGUCAGCCACGGCUGCGUCAGCAAGAUCCUGGGCAGGUGGGUGAAGAGUCUCCAGCCAAGUCCUGCAGCCAGAUAUUACGAGACUGGCAGCAUCAAACCAGGGGUGAUUGGUGGGUCUAAACCUAAAGUGGCCACGCCAAAGGUUGUGGAAAAAAUCGCAGACUACAAGAGACAAAACCCAACCAUGUUUGCUUGGGAGAUCAGAGACAGACUGCUGGCAGAGGGCAUCUGCGACAACGACACUGUUCCCAGCGUUUCAUCCAUUAACAGGAUCAUCCGAACAAAAGUCCAGCAGCCUUUCCAUCCGUCUCCUGACGGGACAUCCCUCUCGACACCAGGCCAUACUAUAGUACCAAGCACAGCCUCUCCGCCUGUAACCAGCGCCUCCAAUGACCCUGCAGGAUCCUACUCCAUCAAUGGGAUUCUUGGUAUUCCACGAUCCAAUGGUGAAAAGAGGAAAAGAGAUGAAGAUGGUUCAGAUGGUUCUGGCCCAAACAGUGAUUCUCAGGGUAGUGUGGAGAGUUUACGGAAACACCUUAGGGCAGAUGCCUUCACCCAGCAGCAGCUGGAAGCGUUGGACCGGGUCUUUGAACGCCCCUCGUACCCUGACGUCUUCCCUACAUCGGAGCAUAUCAAACCCGAACAGGCUAAUGAGUACUCGCUCCCUGCCCUGAAUUCCAGCCUGGACGAAGUCAAGCCCAGUUUAUCCUCUAGCGCCAACCCAGACCUGGGCCCCAGUGUGUCGCAAAGCUACCCUGUAGGUCGAGAUAUGGCCAACACAACCUUACCUGGGUAUCCCCCUCACGUUCCCCCCACAGGCCAGGGCAGCUACCCAACCUCCACGCUCGCUGGAAUGGUUCCUGGGAGCGAGUUUUCGGGGAACCCCUACAGUCAUCCACAGUACACAACCUACAAUGAAGCCUGGCGAUUCAGCAACCCAGCAUUACUAAGUUCCCCUUAUUAUUAUAGUGCCGCAUCGAGAGGCUCCGCCCCUCCCACUGCUGCCACUGCCUAUGACCGUCACUAGUUACCAUGGAAACCAAAUCAACCUGCAGGACCAUGGCCUUAGCCUCCAUAUUGCCCCGGUGUGAGCGGCAUGGUCCACUGGACACUGAGCAACUGCGCAUAAAAUGUUCCUGACUCACACAAUGAGAAACUUAACGUUUUUUGGGGAUUCCAGACGACUUCUCUCCUCUCUCCUCACAGCUUUUUUUGGUCACUCAAAGCCAAAAAAAAAAUACCAGACAUCACCAGAGACACUGAAAGUCGCUACACACAUGAUGAAAACUGUGGCUAAUUGCAGUGGUUUAAAAAAAAGAAGAAAAAAAAAGAAAAAGACUGAAAAUAAAAAUAUCAGAAUUUAUUUUCUCCCUCUAGCAGUGUCACAGUUUCAUCCCAUCAUGGAUCAAUACUGUACAUUCCUUUUCUUGACGGCUCUCAGCAGGGACGCUGUCCGGAGCUUAAAAUGUAGCAGCAGCCUUUUUUCCUUUUUCCAUUCGUCUCCCUCUCGAUUCAGAUGGCAGCGCAGUGAGAUCAGAGGAGAUUAGCAGCAGCACAUGCAGGCUGUGGCAAGCUAAUGUUGUUUUUUAUCCAUCUGAACAGUCACCGACCAAACAUCCAGCAUGAGUAAAUCGAUCGCUUUUGAUGCCAUGAGAAGAUUAGGACAUGUUCUCUGUGAUACACAAUCAAGAUGUAAAAAUGAAAAUGAAAUAAAUAAAGAAACAUCCGUUUGAAAAUAGAGGGAGCCAUGACAGUAUAUCACCAUGGCCCGCUAUUUGCAAGAUUUCAAGAAACUAGUAAAUAUAUUCUUAAAAUAAUUUUUUUAUUUCAUUUUUAUAAUUCGUAACGACAAGAUUGCUUGGCUAGUGUUUUACUAUUUUUUAUUUGUCAGGAUACAAGAGGUCAUCAGGCAAAACCUGUUUUGUGUUUUUUGUUAAUUUUGCACUAUUUUGGAGGUUUGCAACACUGGAGCGUUAUUAUGCAGAAAAACGAUGAUGCAUAUUUGCUUUAUUUCAUGAAACUUGACUGUAAGUCUAAUACGUCUCAGUCUGAAAAGGCACUUACAGUCUCACAGUUUUUCCUGUAAUUCAAGGCCUAUCGUGUCACUGCCUUGACGUGCACUACUAUGUUCUCACAGCUUACAUUUUUAUUUAAGUUGAUUAAGUCUUUGGCAUUCAACCACAGAAAAGGAUAUAACAGCCAUCCCAAGUCAAACCAGUAUCAUCAUUUGUCUAGUCUGAUGCCAGAAGCGUCCAGAUUCACUCUGAUUGGAUGAUUCUGACGACUCCAGUAAACGUCAAAAAGCAGGGCGAUGAUUUCAGCUAAAUGCCUUAAACAUGUUCCCUCCUAACUUCAGCUCCCUCACAUGUUUCAGGCCAAGAUAUUUCUUUGAAUCAAGCUGGAAUGAUGGUUUCUUCAUCUGUCAAGUGAAUGUAUUUGCAUUUGCCAAAGACUUAGUUCUUGUUAAUGUUUUAUUUACAGGCCGCCUAUAUGCAUCAUGAGAGCAGUAUUAUUAUUAUUAUUAGGAAAAACCCACAUUGUUCAUGAGGAAAAGUAUAUGUAUAAAUUCUAUGCAGUGCAGAGAUGGUCAUCAUAUGCAUAUUCAGCUGUAAACCUAAAGGUAGGUGGAGUUUAUUUAAUUGUUAUGUUAUUUACAAAUUGUUCAUUUUGUAGAAGGAUUUUUUGUGUGUGAUGUGAAGACACUUCUCUGUAAAUACAGUAAGAAAAAAUGUCUUUCAUGUUCAUGGGUAUUAUCACUUUCAUUAUGCUGGUCUCACUUGUACAAUAAUAAAAGUGUCUGAAAUCUUUUACGCAAAA